AUGCUUUUCUUAUUCAUAACUUGGUGGUCAUGGUGUUUGUUGUUUAGCUGUUUUACUAAAACUAAUGCAUUUUGUCCCAAUGAUGAAGAUCUUCAACGUCAUCGAUGUACAUGUAGUUUAACACAUGGAUAUAUUCAAUGUUCAUCAUUACCUAAUAAAUGUCAUACAUGUAAUCAUUAUAAUACAAUAUUUUUUGAUGAAAAUGUUAAUAUAUUACCAUCAGAAUCAUUUCGUUAUUAUAAUUUCUUUGAUUAUGAUAGUAAUAAAUCCUUUACAAUACAAUUUGCUCAAUUGAAUGGUGUAUCAUCAAAUACAUUUUCGAAAAUUGAUAUUGAUCAAGAUCGAACAUUGUCAAUUAAAAUAUCUAAAUAUGCAUCAUCAAGAAUACCAACAAGAAUAUUUGAUGAAAUAUCAAUGCAACCAAAAUCUAAAAUUGAUAUUGAAAUAUUCAAUGUAACAUCAUCAUUAUUAACAGUAGAACAGUAUGCAUUUGAUGGUAUUAAAUAUAGUUAUGAAAGUGAAUUUCGAUUUUCAAUACUUUAUUUAAAAGAUACAAUAGAAUUUCAAUCAAAUGCAGGCUCAAUUUUAUUACCAUCUUAUGCAAUAAUGGAAUUUUAUGUUUCAAAUUUCGUUCGAGUAUUAUUAAAUGAACAUAGUUUUGAUCAUAUAACACAGGAACAUUCGAGUAAAUUACGAAUAAAUUUUGAUCAUUUUCAAUAUGCAAUGCUUGGUCAUACAUCUUUUUUUGAUCUUCAUCAACUUGAACAAUCACAAUUUUAUUUAACAUUUUCAAAUUUUCAAAGUAUAUCUAUCGAGAAAACUGUAUUCGAUACAAUAACUCAAUUAAAAUCUUCAAUUGUAUUUUCAAUAUAUAAUAUAACAAAUGAUUUAUGUUUACCUGCUGAAACAUUCAGUCAAAUAAAACAAGACAUUAAUUCAACAUUUCAAUUCGAAAUAGAUUAUGGAAAAAAUAUUCUUUUUAAACCAAAUACAUUUGUUAAUAUAAGUCAACGUGCACAAUCAAAAUUAUCAAUUAUUAUUACAAAUUCUUUAGAUGUUUAUUUUACUCGUCAAUCAUUAAAUUAUUUUCAUCAGGAAGAUCGAUCAUUACUUGAUAUUUGGAUAAAAUAUGGAAAAAAUUUAAUAUUUGAAGAUAAUGCUAUUCAAAAUAUUGAUAUAUGGCGUUCGAGUAUAUUGCGUAUUGGUUUUCAAUACUCAUAUGGAACAUUACAAAUGGCAACAAAUGCUUUUGUUAAUAUUAAUGAAGGUCAAGGUGGUGAAAUAUUAUUUCAAAUAAUGAAUUCAACAGACUUUUAUUUUCGUUUUAAUCAAUCAAUAACAUUAGAACGUUUAGAAAUUCUUGAUCGAAUAUUAACUGAUAAUGAUUUAUGUCGAAUUGUUGAUAUACCAGCACAUAUACCAAUUAAAAUUUUAUCAAAUAAUCUAUGUUCAUGUUCAGUCUUUUAUUUAUAUCGUCGUCUUCGUCAUAUACUUAAUCCAUUAGUUUUAAAAGAUCUUACACCAUUAUGUUAUUUUAAUAUGUCUCUUGAUGAUAUAGAACAUGAAGAAAAUAAAUGUUCAUUUAAUAAACAAAUUCAUAAUUGUCAUCAAAUGCAAGGAGAAAUAAAUAUUUUUAUUCCAAAUGGAAUGUGUCAACAAAAUUCUCAAUUAAUGAAUAAUAGUCAACAUAGUUUAUCAUCUUCAUCUUUAAUCUUUAUUUUUAUAUGUUUUAUACUUGGUUUAGGAUGUAUUUAUAUACUUUCAACACAUCAACGACGAUUAUUCAUAAUAAAUAUUUUCAGUAAAUUUUCUUUUAAUCGUCGUCGUCGAAAACUCCCAACAUUUACAGCUGAUUCAUAUCAACAAUUAACACAUAUGAACGAUAAUAAUCUUGAUGAUGAUGUAAAUGAGGAACAAUCAUCACAUAAAAUGAUGAAUAUUAUUGUCAAAUAUAAUUCAACAACAGAACAAACACAACCAUAUAUUCAUAAUCAUAAAUCAGAUUUUAUUUCAUCAAAUAAUAUUAAUGAUCAACUAAAUGAAGAUUUGACACUUAAAUUAAAUACAAAUCCAUUAAGUGACAUUGAACAUAAAUAG